AAAAUUGAGUCGUCUUCGUUUGUAUUAGCUGAGAGAGUCUGAGACAGAUCUAACCGCCCAGCCCGAGGACCGAGGCGGCCUACUCUCUCUCUUUCUCUAUCUCUCUCUCUAUAUAUAUAUAUAUUUAAAAUCCCACACGCACUCUUCAUUUGCUUGUCUUAGCGUCCCAUCCAAUUUCCAAUUUCUGGGUUUCACACGUACACACCAAAAUGGAGAAAGCGUUCAACAGGCAACGAGUUCUGUUCGACCACCUUCGACCUUCUUCCUCUUCUCUUCAUGGCACCGACUCUUCUUCUCUCUCCGCAUCGGCGUGUGUGGCUGGGGAUAGCGCUGCAUAUGCAAGGACAAAUGUCUUUGGCGAUGAUGUGGUCAUCGUAGCUGCUUAUCGAACUCCAAUUUGCAAGGCUAAACGUGGGGGCUUCAAAGAUACUCAUGCUGAUGAUCUUCUUGCACCUGUUUUGAAGGCGGUUAUAGAGAAAUCCAAUCUCAACCCAAGUGAGGUUGGGGAUAUUGUUGUGGGUACGGUGUUAGCUCCAGGAUCUCAAAGAGCUAGUGAAUGCAGGAUGGCUGCCUUUUAUGCUGGCUUCCCUGAAACUGUGCCAAUUAGAACUGUGAACAGACAAUGUUCAUCUGGGCUUCAGGCAGUUGCUGAUGUAGCUGCAUCUAUAAGAGCAGGAUUUUAUGAUAUUGGAAUUGGAGCUGGGUUGGAAUCCAUGACCGCAAAUCCAAUGGCAUGGGAAGGAUCAGUUAAUCCUAAAGUGAAGAUCUUUGAACAGGCCCAGAAUUGCCUUCUUCCUAUGGGAGUCACCUCAGAAAAUGUUGCGCAUCGCUUUGGUGUUUCUAGGCAGGAGCAAGAUCAAGCUGCUGUCGACUCUCAUAGGAAGGCAGCUGCUGCUACUGCCACUGGUAAAUUUAAAGAUGAAAUCAUCCCUGUGGCGACCAAGAUUGUUGACCCAAAAUCUGGUGAGGAGAAACCUGUUACAAUCUCUGUUGAUGAUGGGAUUCGGAACACAACAUUGGCAGACCUGGCAAAGUUGAAGCCUGUGUUUAAGAAAGAUGGGAGCACCACUGCUGGUAACUCUAGUCAAGUUAGUGAUGGUGCUGGAGCUGUUCUCUUGAUGAAGAGAAGUAUUGCUGAGCGAAAAGGAUUGCCAAUUCUUGGUGUAUUCAGGAGUUUCUCUGCUGUUGGUGUGGAUCCAGCCAUCAUGGGUGUUGGUCCAGCUGUUGCAAUUCCAGCUGCAGUCAAGGCUGCUGGUUUAGAGCUUGAUGAUAUUGAUCUUUUUGAGAUAAAUGAGGCUUUUGCAUCCCAAUAUGUAUAUUGCCGUAACAAGUUGGGACUUGAUCCAGAAAAGAUCAAUGUGAAUGGAGGUGCACUUGCCAUUGGGCAUCCACUUGGUGCAACAGGUGCGCGUGCGGUUGCGACUCUAUUGCAUGAGAUGAAGCGUCGUGGGAAGGACUGCCGCUUUGGAGUGAUCUCUAUGUGCAUAGGCACAGGGAUGGGGGCAGCAGCUGUUUUCGAAAAGGGGGACAGCACUGACGAACUCUGCAAUGCUCGGAAAGUCGAAUCCCUCAAUCAUUUAUCAAAGGAUGCUAGGUAGAAGGACUUACCCAUUGCAUUUGUGUCAAUAAUGUAUGAUUGAGAGUCCUGAGACUGAAAAUCAUAGUGAAGCAAUGCGAUAAGAUUGCUUCAUCUCUCUACAUUGGGUAGUUGAAUCCCCAGAUCCUUGUUCAUCCUUGCAAUUCCUCUCAAUAAUAUUUUGGUUAAUCGAAAAUCAUAGCAUGUAUUUGGUGAUCAGCAGUUUUGAUCUCCAAUGUUUGUAUACCAGAAUUAUAUUAUACAAUCCAUUACACAUAAAUAUUUAGUUGAACAGUACCUUUUUCGUU